UGUCCCUCUCUGCACCCAGGGGUGCUGCACAUUUCAGGUGACUGGGGUAACUAACCAACAUAAAGUGCCUGCAAAAUGACUGCCAGCUGGGCUUCUCACUAAGACUGAGUGGAUUUGUUUUUUUUCCCCUUUUCUGCCCCAUAAUCUAGUUGGAUUUCUCUGCUGCAGACCCUUCAAUGCAGAAACAUUUAUUAUCAGAUUUCAACUACUAAGACCUUAACUUCACCGAAACAGAGGAUUACGAAAACCAGGAGCAGUUCCUGAAACUUUAGGGGAAUAAACUGAGAAUAUUCAGCUGGAUGGGGAGCUUCCAAUGAUUAAAUGUGUUCUACAUGAGGAUGAUGAGGACACGAGCAGAACCAUGUGUACAAAGAGGCCUUUAAAAGAAGGUCCACAUCCACUCCUCUGCUUGGUGGGAUCGUCUGGACUUCAUGCCUGGGGCUUCUCAAACAAUUUACAUGACUCCUCAAUCUAAGAGACAUUGGGAUUAUUAUGCCAGUAUUUGUGAUUUUGUUCUACAAUAAUCGAGAUGAAGGAAAAAUCAAAAAAUGCAGCAAAAACCAGAAGAGAGAAGGAGAAUGGGGAAUUUUAUGAACUGGCCAAAUUAUUGCCUCUGCCUUCUGCCAUCACCUCCCAGCUGGACAAAGCUUCUAUCAUCCGCCUGACCACCAGCUACCUGAAGAUGAGAGCUGUGUUUCCAGAUGGUUUAGGAGAUGCUUGGGGGCAUCCAUCUCGAAUCGGACCGCUGGAUAAUAUGGCAAAAGAACUCGGUUCCCAUCUACUUCAGACUCUAGAUGGAUUUGUGUUCGUUGUCGCAUCUGAUGGUAAAAUAAUGUACAUCUCAGAAACUGCCUCCGUACACCUGGGUCUGUCACAGGUGGAACUCACCGGUAACAGUAUUUACGAGUAUAUUCACCCCUCGGAUCACGAUGAGAUGACGGCCGUGCUGACGGCUCACCAGCCGCUACAUCCACACUUACUGCAAGAAUACGAGAUUGAGAGGUCUUUUUUCCUACGAAUGAAAUGCGUUCUGGCAAAAAGAAACGCCGGCCUGACAUGUAGCGGUUAUAAGGUGAUUCACUGCAGUGGGUAUCUGAAAAUAAGGCAGUAUAUGCUGGACAUGUCUUUAUAUGAUUCCUGCUAUCAAAUUGUAGGGCUUGUUGCUGUGGGACAGUCCUUACCACCCAGCGCAAUAACAGAAAUCAAACUCCACAGUAACAUGUUCAUGUUUAGAGCGAGCCUGGAUCUCAAACUCAUCUUCCUUGACUCCAGAGUAGCUGAAUUAACCGGUUACGAGCCGCAGGACUUAAUCGAGAAGACGCUGUAUCACCACGUACACGGCUGCGAUGUGUUCCACCUGAGAUACGCUCAUCAUGUCUUGUUGGUGAAAGGCCAGGUGACUACAAAAUACUACAGGCUGCUCUCCAAACACGGCGGCUGGGUCUGGGUCCAAAGCUACGCGACAAUAGUGCAUAACAGCCGCUCCUCGAGACCUCACUGCAUCGUGAGUGUGAACUACGUACUCACAGAUAUCGAGUACAAGGACCUCCAGAUGUCUUUAGAACAAGUGGCCGUCUCAAAGGCACCGUUUGCCUGCAGGUCCACAGUGACUACCUCACAGGAAGCCCGCAAGCCGGCCAAAAUGAAAGCGGCAAAACUCAAAGCCAAGCCAAGAACAAACCCGUACCCGCAGCCAUAUAGCUCCUUCCACGCUGAUAAAAAUGAAUGCCCGCAGUUUGGAAACUGGAAAGGUAGCCCUACGUUAAACUCCACCAUGAACUCAGAGCAAACCAACCAUCCAGAAAACAGUGAACUUUUAUAUGCUCCCACAUACAGCCUACCAUUUCCGUACCACUACGGACACUUCCCCAUCGACUCCCAUGUUCUGGGCGCCAAGAAGCAAGGAAUGCCUUCUCGCUUUGCACAGCCUCAAGGGUCUUCUUGUGAAAUGGCAAGGUUUUUCUUCAGUACGCUGCAGACAGGGGGUGAAUGCCACUGGCAUUACGCCAACUCAUUGGUGCCAAACUGCCCAUCAAAAAGUAUUCACGACCAACCGGCCAACCAAACCCGGCAUGGCCUGGCUCAGACGUAUGAAGCAAGUAAGAGAUACAACGUUGGAGACCACGGAUCUGAAGGUUUAACGAGUUGUUCAUCGUCAAGAUCGAACGUCAGGUACAAAGAUGAACUCUAUUACUCGGCAGCAUCCAAGAGCAACAAGUUCGAAAACAGGGCAGCCUCAAGCUACCACGCCGUAAAAGAAGAGAACAAGCUUGCUUACGGCCGGUACCAUCAAGAGAAGAUAAAUGCCACCGAUAAGCAUUAUUCCAACUCCUUAAAUAAUUCUCUUCUGCCCAAAUCAGAAUGCCUCCAUGCAAAGACUAUUGGACAACUAGGCCACCUUCUUCCAAGACCGAUGGUCUAUGAGCAGACAAGGAGGAUUUGUAUGAAGGAGCCUAGGUACGGACAUGUUAGUGUUCAUCACACAGAUUAUAAUGAACUGGAGAACAAUGACAGAAUGGCCCCAAAAUUCUCUAACCCCAAUUCAGAACAUGAGCACUUGAAGUCUGGAGGACAAGUUCCAUAUGUACCUCUUAACUACCAUGUGUUACCCAAACACGGGUCAUGCCAAACGGCAACAUGCGCAGGAACAGAACAUGGAUCAGAAAGCUAUGGUUAUAGCGCUGAAGAAGUAAACACAUUUAUUUACAAAAACCAAAGUCCCUCAUCCAUCUCCUCUUCAGAAACCCAUCGAGAUGCUGCACUUCCACAUUAUAUCGGGACUUCUGUUAUUAUAGCCAAUGGAAGGUGACAGUAGCAUCGCGUGGAGUUUUUGUUGUUGUUUAAAAGAGAAAACUGGAAUUAAAUACAGGGAACCUGAAAAAAACUUGGUGACUGAUCCUUACCAAGCGGAGCGGAAGGUCACAGAAGGACAAGCAAGCAUGCGUUCUUGGCAAACCAUGUGUAACCGAACCUAUGAGGGCAGAAAUACACAGCUUCACAAUAACAUUGUUACAGAUUAAUCUCCAGCGCAGGCCAUGGCAUUUAAGAAGUCCUAUGCCAGAUAUUUCCUAUGUUCCGACUGCAGAAUGGACGGGAAGGGCAGUGGAGCCUGCGUACAGAUCAAAGCUUAAACUUUCUUUAAAGGAAAAUAAUAUUCAUGGUCACCGAAACUGAAAC